ACACACCCCACUCUCUCUCCACGCUGUGUGGGUGUGCGUUUUUGCGCGUGUGCGCAGUCUAUUGUGUGUGCGCCUCCUUGAAGCUCCUCAGCCCCGUGGAGCUGUUGUUUCCACAGAGCUGCGGGACAAUCAGUCGGGCGGCUGGAUUUAGGGAAGACAAAAGAGAAAGUGAGAUUUCUGCUUUUUUUCCCAACCCGUCUCUUUAUGGGUUUCGCAUCUGUUUGGUUCGCAUCAGUUCCCGUUUUUAGAGGAUUCAUCGCGCUCUCACCGGCGUGGAUCUAGUUUCCACAGACUAGACAAGACAUGCAGUCUAGUCAUCCGGUAAAGUUUUGAUUGACAUCGCUGGUUCUCCACCUCAGAGCGGAGAACUUUUAACGCUGAGUUUUCAGUUUUUUGGGGACAUUUGGACGCGGUUUCUCUAUCGCUUCACGCUCUCUUUCUCAUGGGGUGACCCUUUUACAGAUGUGGAGACAUGACUGUUGGACUGUAGUUCCACCCCUCACCCCCCCCUACAGACACACUCCCUAAAGGUGUUUUCCUGUCCUUCCAACAGAGACAGCCAUUAAUGCCCUGGACUCUUUGCACAACUUGACGUUUAUAUGGAGCUUUGCUGUAAAGCCACUGGGGUCGGCCACUCUGGCACCAUGGAGUGCAAGUUCUCCCACUACUACAAAAAGGAGCUUAUCAUAUGCCACUAUGCCCAGGCUAAAAACAAGACCAUUAAUGAUACAUUUAAUGACUAUAAGGUAAAAGAGCAGUUCACUGUUACUAAUAUUGUCAUCGUAAUCCUCUGCACAAUCAUCAUCGUCGAGAACCUCCUGGUCCUACUUGCUGUCCUCCGCAACAAGAAGUUCCACUCAGCCAUGUUCUUCUUCAUCGGCAACCUGGCGUUCUCCGACUUGCUGGCUGGUUCUGCCUACAUAGCCAAUGUAUUACUCUCAGGAUCAAUGACCCUGGAACUCUUGCCGUUGCAAUGGUUCAUCAGAGAAGGAACGGCAUUUAUCGCUCUGGCUGCAUCCGUCUUCAGCUUGUUGGCGAUAGCUAUAGAGCGCUUCAUUGCCAUCACCAAAGUCAAAGUAUAUGGCUCAAACAAAACGUGCCGCAUGUUCCUGCUGAUAGGAGCAUGUUGGGUCACUUCAAUUCUGCUCGGAGGACUUCCCAUCCUAGGCUGGAACUGCAUCUGCAACCUCCCUGACUGCUCAGCUGUGCUGCCACUCUACUCUAAGCAGUACAUACUUUUUGUUGUCUCCAUUUUCACCCUCAUACUGCUCUCUAUCGUCAUCCUCUAUGUGAGGAUCUAUUUGAUUGUUCGCUCCAGUCACCGGGAAGCAACGAACACCCAAGCAUAUUCCCUUUUGAAAACAGUUACAAUAGUGCUUGGUGUCUUCAUCGUGUGUUGGCUGCCAGCUUUUACCGUGCUGCUCCUGGAUUCGUCGUGCAGCAUGCAGGGCUGCCCUGUGCUCGAUCACGCGAAGGUGUUUUUUGCUUUUGCCACUGUGAACUCUGCUCUUAACCCCAUGAUAUACGUGCUGCGCAGCAAGGACAUGAGGAGGGAGUUUCUGCGCGUGCUGUGCUGCUGGGGUGUGCUGCCGAGCGGCCGGCCUUCUGAGCGCUGCCUGGUCAAUUUGAAGAGCUCCAGUUCUUUGGAACAUUGCACCAACAAAUUCGAACACCAGACCACGCCCAUCAUGCAAACGUGUACCACCUGUGUCUGACUUGCUGCAAACACAUUAGAUGGCUUAUUUUUGUGUGCACAAGAGGGAAAAAACAUCAUGAUGAGGUGGACAGAUGUUACUUACUGGGAAUAGACCUCUGCGCGGUUGGGAUACAGCUCACUGUUUGGACACAUUUACUCAGUGCAGAUUGUUUUUCACAUAAAACACAGUGACUCUACAAUCAGCUUUUAAGAGUUGCACUCUUCCUGAAAAUGUUGUGAAAAGAUUAUAAGACAGGAUCAAUUGAUAAAAAAGAUAAAUGUGAAAAAGGCUUUUUAGCUAGGUACUUUUAUCAGUAAAAUGUGGAGCAUACCAUUUUCAUUUAUGUGCUUCUUUUUAAACAUGUAACCCCAUAUUAAAAAGUAAAAGUAGGGACAGAACAUGCAUUAUAUCCUUAUAGGUUAAAGCUGUAUCAAUGCAUAGCUUGCAGAGUUGCACUUUUAUCCAGUAGAAUGCAGAUGGUCCUGUCUAAAUUUUGACUGCAUGGAUCCUCGUUGUAGAGGCAGGAAAAGAUUCUUCACACAUUUUUAUUAAAACAAGAGAAAGCAGUUGGCAACAAUUAGCACUCCAAACCUCUACCACACCGAUUGUUCCUUCACCAAAUAAGGAAUAUAUAUUUCCUAUAUAACCUUGCUUAACCAAUUUGAAUAACCACAACAAAAGUACAUAUUCUGCUUUAUUUAGUGCAUGAGAUAAAGUGUAAUGCAUUUGUAAGAGCUAAUGUUUUUAUUAUAUAUUCCAACUUCCAUCACUAGUAACCCUUCUUCCAUGUCCCGUCUUUAACUGUUCCUCUCCUGCUAUUACUGUUGUUUUCUAAAUCCUAAUUGUUUCCAGUGAGGAAGGCCAAUCCAGAGAGCACAUUAGGCUUUUUGGCGCUGAUAAAUUUUUCCCGUUAACAGCUUUGUCGACUAUAAUUAAUGAAAUGGGUGCCCAGACAGUGUUGUAGCCAUGUAGCAGCCAUGUGCCAAUUUCUGUUUGUGCCUUCCUCUGAGAGAAAAAGGCUGAAUGUAUGAAUGAAGUGUUGGGGGCAUAGGCUCCAAUAUAGACAGUAUUAUUGAUCAGGAUUUUGACAUGCCAAGUCACUGAUGAGCAGAGAGUGGGACGAACAGGGUAGGUCACCCUCACUGUGAACUCUUCUUCCGCCAAGAACAAGAAAUGAAUUGUGAACACGCUGGUUUAUCUUGCUAGCCAUAUGCUUGUCCGACUUACAGUGUAAACACCUCUCAUCUUUCUGAAAAGACCCCACCCAGCUCCUCGCCAUCUCUGCAUGAUGGGAAAAGAUCCGGUUUCAAACGCACAGGAGGGUCUUGCCCUCCUGGAAGAAAUGUUUCUUCAUUCUCGGACAUUAAACAUGCAACUUCCUCCAGCCAUAGGAAGUCCUGUUUUCAACUGUCUAUUUCCUGUUGUUCAGGGUUACACUAACUUUCCUGGAGACAGACCAUGACAACUCUUCCUUUCCGUUAGAGUUAAUAUAAUUUCUUUUUUUAUAAGAGUCACAGUUUCAUUUAGACAGCCAAGUAGAAAUGGUGAAAAGCACUUUGGCAGCUUCCGUGAUGUUUAAAUAUUCCCUAUUUUUCCCCUUUUGGGUUGAACAGUGUUUUAAUCUGUGUAUGACUUAAGUGUAUGUCCAUGGUUUUGUAUGACAUGUUAUGAAUAGCUAUGUAUGUUAGUAAUUAUAUAUCUCUGUACAGUAUGUAUGACUUUGUGUGGUAUGAAAUGUCUUGUGUGCAAUAGCUUUGUGUGUUUUCUAGCACGCUGCCUGUGUUAAAUUGGUACAAUCCCAAACACUAAUGGAGGUACAUAAACCUUUUGUUAAAUGCAUUCCAGUUUUUUUGUUUUUGUAAUAAAUGAAAUACUGAAACCAAA